AUGCAGAUAUCACCAAUUGCCGACCAGGGAUCACCCACACUUAGUUCUACAAUAACAGCGCUGGCCACAACAGAGCAAGUCAACUCGCCAUCCACUGAGAUAACAAGCGCAAGGAACGACUUCCAAAGACAAGAGGACCACGGGAAAGGUGCCGCGAGGGAACAGUGUUCCCAGAGCAUCGGUAACAGCGGGACAGACCUGGACGUCGGACCAACAGACACAAGCAGACAUGUCGCUUCCCAAGAAGCAAAUCAUAAGAUCCGUCCAAGCCGUGAGGAUGAUGGACAAAUAGCGCACCGUGCAGCACAUCCUCAGGAAGGCAAUGAUCCAGUCCUUGCCUCAGGGAUCCAUUCCAUAGUUACAGAGCAGGAUUAUGGCUCCAUCAUACCGCCGCCAACCGUGGAUGUGUCAAACUCAGAGGUCCAUCAGCUCUUGCGCGACGCUCGUGCAAGUUACCCACCACCAGGUCAACAGAGGAGCUUGCGGCAGAUCUUUCAUCCCAUCCCCAUACCUCUCGCUUCUCUGCUCUUCCUAAGCUUCUUCGUGCCAGUUGGGGCAGCACCUCUUGCAGACAGCCAUGGACAUAGCCGCAGCACAACUGUACUCUUGCCGGCCGUUGCAAUCGAGACUUUUGUUCUUAUAUCUAGUGCGGUUUCGUUCUUAUGCCUCGUCAAAAGGUUUAUCCAGGGUUGCGACGGGCUAGGCUCGUCGACGGUUCCUUUGUGGAUUGUGUUGAUCUCCGUCAUGCCAAUGUCCUUGUCGGUGUUCGCAGAUGUAGGUCUGGGAUUGAGUGGCCUGGUUUAUGCGAUGAUCUUGGUGACGCUAGUACUUAUCCUAUCAGCCAUUCUUCUCUACAAGACGAUAUUGGGAGUCUUAACACUAGCACGAGUCCGCCAGGGGGAUGCGCAUCUCCCUCUUCCCGUAGAAGUCGCUUCUGUGGAGGACGAUCGGUGGAGCCGUCAGAUUGCGAUCUUGGGAGGAUGUCCCCACUGUCGCGGGGAGGGCUGUUCAAAGUGCGGAAACGGAGGCUCGUCUGGUGGGGAUCCGCGGAGCACUUCUCAAGCAUGAGUGUUCAAUUUCUUUUUGGUUGUGUGAUGAUUAAGGGAUACCAAACUGGGGCUGCUUUGCGACCAGGCAUGAAGGUUUCGCUCUUUCACAGCGAGGCAGAAAAAAUUUAGGGUAUUGCCUCACCAAGGCUGUCGUAAAACAUAGCCUGUGGUUAAGCG